AUGGCAGAGAGGUUGUCGAACCUGAUUCAGGCGACGACGACCAACAAUGUCAACGAGAUCUGUUCGCGUGCGUGUGUGAGUCAUCAUAUAGCACGGCUGGACCUCGACAGAGGUGCGGCGGCCCUUGAGCCUCUCAGGUUUGAAAGUCAGCAUAGUAGAAGCCAAUUGGUUGGCGAGCACCCCGACCAUCCGCAACCGACCACUCCACCUGCUGGCUCGACCACUCUGGUGAUCGAAAUAAAUUCCUCCACAAACCUCCAGCUGGUCGAGCAGGCCCAGCUCAAGCGUCCCUUAGUCGAGGGGUAUAAGGGGACCAACAAACGUCCCUGCCUCGAGAAAGCUGCAACCGUCUCCCUUUCUGCUCCUCCAUCUCUGGUCAAGGUCGGCCAGGAAGAACUUGUGUCUUAUCUCCGAGAGAUUUUUCCUGCUGGCGACCUCAACGAUGACAGUUUGGAUUUGCAAACUCGGGGUUAUCGCCUUGCGCGGUGGCCAGGGUUGGUCGAGCUUGUUCCUCUGGUCGACCAGACUGUGAGCAGGGCACUCGAUCCCCAAGCUGGAGAAGGGGAUCGACGUCCUGCAGACCAAAGUUAA